GCGUGGGUCAUGUGACAUAGCAAGAUGGCGUCGUCUAGGCUGGUGCUUGUUUCUCUGCUGCUGUUCUUAGGCUCCUUUGGCUGCAUGGCUUCAGUGCCAGUGCCUCUGGUGAUCUGGCAUGGCAUGGGAGAUAGCUGUUGCAAUCCCCAGAGCAUGGGUUACAUUAAAAAAAUCGUGGAGAAGAAAAUCCCGGGGAUUUACGUUCUGUCUCUGGAGAUUGGCAGCAAUUUGAUUGAGGACAUGGAGAACAGCUUCUUUAUGAACGUCAAUGACCAGGUGACGCUCGUGUGUGACAUACUUGCAAAGGACCCCAAACUGAAAGGCGGCUACAAUGCCAUGGGCUUCUCCCAGGGAGGACAAUUCCUGAGGGCUGUGGUACAGAGAUGUCCAACUCCCCCAAUGAUCAAUCUGAUUUCUGUGGGAGGUCAGCACCAAGGUGUGUACGGCUUCCCACGUUGUCCUGGAGAGAGUUCCCAUCUCUGUGACUGGAUCCGAAAGAUGCUUGAUUUUGGGGCGUACACCAAGACGGUCCAGGAACGCCUGGUACAAGCUCAGUAUUGGCAUGAUCCACUGCAUGAGGAAGAAUAUCGAAAAAAGAGUCUUUUCUUGGCUGACAUCAAUCAGGAGCGAUGCAUCAACAUGACCUACAAGAAAAACCUAAUGUCUUUGAACAAGUUUGUGAUGGUGAAAUUCCUCAAGGACACCAUGGUAGACCCUCCUGCUUCAGAGUGGUUUGGUUACUACCGGAGCGGACAGGCUAAAGAGACAAUUCCCUUGAAUGAGACAUCACUGUACACAGAGGAUCGUUUGGGACUGAAGGAAAUGGACCAGGCAGGAAAGCUAGUAUUCCUGGGAGUAGAAGGAGACCACCUUCACUUUUCAAAAGAGUGGUUCUACAAGAACAUCCUGCCAUUUCUACAGUGAAGCUGAUGGGAUGCUGAUAGAAUCUAGGAUUUUCUUAGAAAAUGCACCUGUUGGAAGUGGCACCUUGGCCUAAUUUGGCAUUUGUGCUUAUAUUGCAGUUGCCUAGAGGGAGAGAGCAUUGCCACUAACUUGCUAGAUGCUGGAUUUAAUCAUUUAAGAAUUACUAUUUUUAAACUGAACUCCAUACCACUAACACAAUAUGAACAUGCCUUUAGAACAGUAGUGAAUAAUGGGUGGUCCUCUAGCUGGCUUUGGACUGCAAUGGUCAGCCCCAACCAGGAUAACCAGUGGAGAAUCUUGCCAGUUGUAGUCCAGCAUUUGGAGAGUCACAUCUUUCCAUCCCUCAUCUAUAACUUUCCUGGGCUAUAAACCAGCCUUCCCUGACCUGGUGCUCUUGGUAUGUUGGAGCACAGUUCUGUUAAUCCUACUGCCAGCAUAAGGCACCAGGGUGACAGACUUUAAAAGACAUGGCACCAAAUGAAUUUAUCCUUUAAACUUUGCCUCAGUUGUGUUUGUAUUGAGGGCCCUACUGCCCUGUGUGCCAAAAACAAAGCCCAGUUUAACAGCUGGAGAAGAUAAAUCCUCAUGUGGUGGCACUUCUUUGGCUUUAGUGGUUUUGUUAUUCCAUCAGCAGCCGAACAAAAUUAAAAGGCUUAUGCAAAGCAGAGUGAAUCUACUGGAGAUUUUACAUUUCUAAAUCCUUUAUGGAGCUCUCAGGGAUGAGAUACUUAAUAUCUCUUACAAAUGAGGAUAUUGCACUGAGCCUUUGGUGAUUACAUUACCUUAGGUCAACAUGGAGAAGGAAAUUUGAAAGCAGCACAGAAAAGAUCUGAGCAUCUGAUUAUAUAUGCAGCAAAAAUGAAGUUAUAGGUGAUCUUGAUUGGUGCGAUACUGUUGGAAUUGUAAUGUAUGGUUUUCUGCAUUGUAUUAUGUUGUAAGAAAGAAAACAUGCAACCUCACACAUUCCAGUAAAGAAAUUUCGAUCACAA